CGCACUAAGUUAAAACCAAACUUUGUUCACUGUUUUUCUUAUGUUUUUUGCAGUCUACGACUGCACUCUUUCUGCGACAGAAAUCAGUUGAGAAAGAAACAGAUAGGCGGUCAAGAAACAAGAGCUGAAGGCUCAUCUCCUUUGUUCCUUCAAAAACCCAAACCUUGUCUUCAUUUCGGUGCCACCGAUUGGAUUGGCGAUGGUCAACAAUAUAUACAUUUGAAGGUCAAGUCAGAGCUGGGUUGAAAGUCUGCUAUGGAUUUGAAAGGCAGCAAUAGUAGUAGUAGUAUUAAGAAGAGAGAACUGCCGUUUCUGGUUCUCUACGCUGCUGCUUUCUACGCCUUCAUCAUCCAUCGAUCGCUUCAACUAUCUCGCGAUCAUUAUACCAAAUUAUUGGGCUUGCGGCCUGGAUGGCUCACACCUCAAUGCCUCAAUGAUGCGUCUGAUGCUCAAUGGAGAAACUUGCGAGGAAAUUUACCUGUUCUCACCAUUGUUUUCACAAUAUUUACGUCAAUCGCUCAGUUGUCGAGGGCAUAUUUUCAUUUGAAAGCCAGAGGGAUGUCCAUUGUUUGGCUUUUGAUUUCAUUCACGUACCUAUCGUAUCUGCAUGGAGCCUGCAUCAUAUUUAUCCUCUCAAUCGCUUCAGUGAAUUUUCUUUUGGUAAAGAUAUUUGCUCGAACGAAGUACUUCUCUUUUGUAUUCUGGAGUUUCAACAUAUUCUUUCUUCUCUGCAAUCGUAUUUAUGAAGGAUACUCAUUCUCCUCAUUUGGGGAGCACUGGGCAUUUUUGGACAACUUUCGGGGCACCUUUAGAUGGCAAAUUUGCUUUAACUUUGUUGUUUUGCGCAUGGUAAGCUUUGGCUAUGAUUACCAUUGGGCUCAUCAAGAUUCUCGUUUUGACCAUGAGAAACAUAUUCAGCGUUGCAAUAUUUGUAGAGCCGGCAAAACUUGUUACCAAGUCUUACAGGAGAGAGGUGUCCAGAGCGACAAUUUUUCCUUUAUCACAUACCUUUCUUAUCUGGCAUAUGCACCUCUUUAUCUUGCUGGGCCAAUUCUAAGCUUCAAUGCCUUUGCUUCACAGCUGGAUAUUCCUCAAAAUAACUAUUCAGUUAGAGACACUACUUGGUACGGUUUGCGUUGGGUUUUCAGUCUCCUUCUGAUGGAACUAAUGACACAUCUCUUUUACUACAAUGCCUUUGCAAUCAGCGGCAUGUGGAAACAGUUAUAUCCCGUAGAUGUGUUUAUUAUUGGAUAUGGGGUUUUAAACUUUAUGUGGCUAAAGUUCUUUCUGAUAUGGCGCUAUUUCCGGUUCUGGUCACUGAUCUGUGGCAUUGAGGUCCCUGAGAAUAUGCCAAAGUGUGUAAACAAUUGCUACAACUUGGAAAGCUUUUGGAAGAACUGGCAUGCUUCCUACAACAAAUGGCUUGUGAGGUAUUUGUACAUACCUCUUGGCGGCUCUCAGAGAAAGCUUCUCAAUGUGUGGGUUGUAUUCACAUUCGUUGCCAUUUGGCAUGAUCUAGAGUGGAAGCUUCUUUCAUGGGCAUGGCUGACAUGCUUAUUCUUUAUUCCGGAAAUAAUCUUCAAAUCAGCAGCCUCUGCAUUUCAGGCCAAGACUGCUCUUGGGGAGUUUAUUGUUCGUGAAUUUAGUGCGGCUGCUGGGGCAGUUACAAUCACUUGCCUCAUGGUUGCAAACCUUGUUGGUUUUGUGAUUGGACCAUCUGGGAUUAGUUGGUUGGUUUCUCAAUUCCUUAGCAGAGAAGGAUUGCCGGUCUUGGCCGGCAUGCUUUUGACAUUUUAUGUUGGGACAAAGCUUAUGUUCCACAUCCGUGAUGCAAAACAAAGUACCCACUAAAUUGGCUUCCCACAGGGUUUGACCAAUCAGCCCUUCAUCUAAAUGCUAGUGUGAAAAUCACUGGCCAUUGAAAAGAAGAACUGGGCUUGAAGUUCCAAACUGGAACUGGUUUGCGCUGAGGACCUUGAUUUUGUAGUGAGAGUACAUAACUAAUGCAUAGUGGCGGAAAGAAGUACACGACUGGGAAAGAAAUAUACUGUUGCUAAAGUAUAAAAAGUAACUGAUAGGUGAAACUUGUGAUUCUAAUUAUUUUUUGUCAAAUUCCUGCUCUGUUGCUGUAACUUCUGAUUAUUUUGAUUUUUAGUUGUAUUCUAAGGGUUUUCUACACUACAUUUUUGUUUUGGUCUGAAGUCUGUAGUACAUUAAUUGAGAGUAAAACGCCCAACAAAAGAUAGAAAAAUUGGCCGUGAUUUGAUCUA